GCUGGAGAAGGAGAUAUUGCCUUCUGGCUCAGCAUCAAUAUCUGUGUUGACUCCAUGUAUGUGGGAGGGAACCUAACAGCCGACAAAGGAUUUCUUAACUUAUCACACGGCUAUGCAGUAAUUGUAACUCGAUGAAGCUUAGGGUGGAAUCUCGAGACCAAUAAGUCCAACCUCUUCUCACGAUCCACUCGCCAGUUUCUACUUUGAGAUGGUAAAAUUUCUAACGAGCUUUGCAGUUCAUGUUUAUAAUCAAUGGAGUAUAUGUCAGUAUCAGGGCUUGGAGCAAGGCGCGAGUCGAAUGAGCUACAUUCUUCAAGUGUCAGAUUAUGGCACUCAGCUUCUCUUGCAUGAAAGUUCUAGAGUUUGAUGAGGUCGAGAUACAAUGCUGAGGGUCCAUUCUGGAAUCAGACCACAGAUUUUACGGAGUACAGGCAGGCCGACGACCUUUUAUUGUAGACUUGAUCACAUGUAGCCGAUGCAGUUUUCUCCUCAAGAGCUGCUCUUCUGAACUGAGAAAUCUGAUGUUGAGGCCUCGCCAGUCUCCGGGGAAGGGACGUAAGAGCACUACCAGCAGCCGUGUUUCUGAACAGAUACGAGUGAAACUGUUCGACUGAGGUGGACGGAAGAAGUGCAAUUUGUGUCUCAAUCAAGCCCAAGAGACUCUCUCACAGCUUACAGAAAUAUUGAUUAUAAGUGUCGAAUAUGUCGGAACGCAAGUCGGUAGAGAUCAUCAGCGACGCGCAGCUUAACUGGAACACAGCUCAAUCUUUUCUCGGGAGUAAGUUUGACGCAGACCUAAUUGCUUCAGCGAAGGAGCAGGUUCGCUUCCUGGCGCUUGUGAAGAAGACCCCAGCUUUACGAAGGCCUGAAGUCUUGAAAUGCGCCAUACAUCGAUACUGGAACAACUAUCUUCCAUUAGCCGCAAAGUUCCAGUCCAAAGGAUUUCCUGAUGCUGUUCUAUCCAAGACCGGUGCUCAUUUUGUACCACCUUUGGAUUGCGCAUGGAUCUGGCAUUGCCACAAGCUGAGCCCGGUGCGGUAUGCAAGUGACUGCAGAAGAUUGUUUGGAGAGAUCAUUGACAUCAGAACUAUCCCCAGUGAAGGAACUGAGAUAAAUAACUCAGAACGAGAUUCGUGCACUUUGUGGCAAAUGGAAUACCCGGAUGAGCCAUACCAUCUAGUUCAGCCUUGGGAAGAUGGCACCAGCAUGGAGUUUCAAAAUUCUCUGAACCGCACCCCGAAGGAGUCUUCUCUCAUUGAGUCUUACAACCUUGAGGAUGCAGCUGCCAGACAGGCCCCUUUCUACUUUCAGGUUCAAAGGAGUUGGUUCACUGACGAUGGGUACUUGGAGGGGGCCCUACAAAGAUACAAAGGAUAUCUUUUCCUGAUUCAGCAAUCUUUGGAAAAUCGCAUGGCAAAGGAUCGACCUGUUUUCAUCGUUCCGACUUACGACAUUGAUCUGAUUUGGCACAGUCACCAGCUCCACCCGAUUGCUUAUGCCAGACACACCAGAGCUCUAUUUGGGACAAUUCUGGACCACGACGACACUGACACGGAUCGAGGCGAGGGAGCGAAGCUGCACAGCAGCUUCCUUGAAACAUGCGACAAGUGGUGGGCUACUUUCGGGACCGUGUAUGAACGAGCUGGAGCGAUGUAUCGAGGGCCCGAGCCGCAGCCUAUACCGCAAUCGCCCGAUAAUGAUCCCAAGGCCCUUGAAGAAGAACGGAGGUUGCUAGAGUUUACAUACAAGGGACGCUGGAAUUCAUCCUCCUUCGACAGCCACAUGGAGUCUUGUGCUGAAGACAGUCCUGACGCUUACUUGAGGUCGAUCUUCCAGGUGCAUCUGGUGGUUCUGGGCGCCCGAAAUCUGCCUCAUCCGUCAACUAGGUUUAAGGAGAAAUUCUGUGUUCGUGUGACCACCAUAAAGAAUUGCAAAGCUUUGAGGACCUAUUCAGCUGCUAUCAAAAGAAGCCCAUUCGGAGAUCAUGCAGAAUGGAACUAUGGCCUUGCUAUGGAAGCUGAACGGGGAACAGAAGGUCUGCAAUUCGAAGUGUGCUACCACAGGUUCAGGAAAGAACUAUUUGCAGGACGAUGCUUUCCUUCGAAAUCGUCGCCAUACAAUUACCGUCCGCACAAUAUAGUGAAAUAUGGGAGCCCAAUGAAAAAAAAUGAAAAGAGCGAUACCCAGAUCUUGGGAAAAGUUUCCAUCCCUUGGAGUGAUCUUAAACUUCACUCGUCCAAGCCAGACCAGUGGACAACUAAAUCGAUGGUUCUUGACCUUCUUCCCGUGAAACUCGACAUAUCCAUUUCUGUAACACCAUCUCAGCCUGGACCGAAGUUGCUCCGCGCAUUGCGUUCGCCUGUGACAGAUGAUAGCUGCAAACGCAUUGCACGUGAUAUUGACUCAGACGCACCUCUUCAAUCAGGACGCUGGACGACCAAGAUCGUGGUGAAUUACACUGGAGAGCCCUUGUACGUGAUUCGAACCAGAUCAGCACAUCUUGCAAGUGGUGCGCCGGCCUCGUUGCAAUGCACCUGGGAGGACACUAUUGUGCAGAUACAUCAAGCAGAAUGUGUAUCGGACGGAGUUACAACUGCAGGUGCUGCCAUAGCCACAGCCAAACCACUUGUGAGUGAGUUCCACAAAGCGGAAAAGGAUCAGGUUCAGCAGUGGUCUCUCCUCAAUGACGGAGCCAUUCUGACGGUCCGUAAACCCCCAAACGACAGGCCAGGAAACCUCGACUGUGAAAUCCACGGCAGAUGUGGUCCACACCCGAUGAGGUUGCUCUCAGGCAGAAGAAUCGACUACGCUACCGCUGACGAAACUUCCACUGGCAAGUUCCUAACGCUAGUUCGAUAUACUCCGGACGCUCCCAGAGGCAAGGCCACUGCUCUUCUCAGCUUGAGCUCAGCCUGCUUCGAGAUCAUGCCAGGUGAAAGUUCGGUGUUAGUGCUCGUGAUCUGCUCUGCGGUGAACAUGUCUAUGCACGACUUUGGCAUACCCAUACAUUCAAAUAAUUCUAUUAAUUAUUGCUAUUCAGAAGAAAGGAUCCCAGACAGAAAUGGCGACCAAAUAGGUGCAAUCAGGGUGCUCCGAAACCAGCUCUCGGCAAAAUGGAGCACGCCGCUUCCCUCGGACGUUCCGGAGGUACAGGCCAUUCGAGCUCUGUACCAACCGUGGUGGCAACUCGGCGGGGACUUCUGGCCUGUAGAGGCCUUAGGACAGGGCCAAACUUGCUGGCCUGCGGCAUGCGCCGGCGCCGCUUGCGGGGGCAACCGACGUCGCCCUGCGUACAAGGCCAGUUCGUAUUAUGAUGAGAGACGUGGCGGAGGUGCGGGUGGAGGUUGUAGGGGAGGAGGAGGAGGAGCAUGUGGUGGUGGUGGUGGCGGCGGAGGAGGAGCAUGUGGUGGUGGUGGUGGAGGAGCAUGUGGGGGCGGGGGAGGGGGAGGAUGUGGUGGCGGAGGUGGUGGUGGGUGCUGAGAGAGGGCUUUGAACGCAGUCAACCGAGCUACCAGAGUACAGUACCGUGGUUGCUUUUCGUGUUGAUUUUCUGACCACUAUUUUCUUCAUUGUAGAGGAAUUAUGUGCGAUAUGAUUGGGGAAAGAGUCUUGUAAGUGUGUGUUGCCAGUACUAAAAUAGUAUGCUGAUUAGAAUCUUCCCAAGUAUACUCCUAUUUUAUCUUGAAACUUAUUGAAGGUGUAUGCAUGUCAACAUGAUAUGUUUAGGGUCUUCACGGGUGUAUUUAUAUUUUCAAUCUCAGCAUUCUGAAAUGAGUUUGCUGAGAUCAUGUUAAUUCUACAC